UACAGAGCAUAAUUAUUUUGCUCUCAGGAAGAAAGGGCUGUAGUUUAGCAAGCAAUUACAAGUGGUACUAUUAUUUAACUUAACGUAAAUGCGUUUGGGUAUUUGAGCGUUUGCUGACACAGGAAACUUAAAUCUACAGUGAUGUCUACCCCUGCAAGAAGGCGACUCAUGAGAGAUUUCAAAAGACUGCAAGAGGACCCCCCGGCUGGCGUGAGUGGUGCACCUUCAGAGAACAAUAUAAUGGUGUGGAAUGCAGUCAUAUUUGGGCCUGAAGGAACUCCAUUUGAAGAUGGCACAUUCAAACUUACAGUAGAGUUUACUGAAGAGUAUCCCAACAAACCACCAACUGUACGAUUUGUUUCAAAGAUGUUCCAUCCUAAUGUUUAUGCAGAUGGAAGUAUUUGCUUAGAUAUUCUUCAAAACCGCUGGAGUCCAACCUAUGAUGUAUCAUCGAUUCUCACCUCUAUACAGUCUCUUCUAGAUGAACCGAACCCAAACAGUCCGGCCAACAGCCAGGCUGCACAGCUGUACCAGGAGAACAAGCGGGAGUAUGAGAAGAGAGUUUCAGCCAUAGUGGAGCAGAGCUGGAGGGACAGUUGACCUCUGCGAUGGAACGAAACCUUUGUCCAAAGAACACGGAAUGUUGUGUGAUUUAGAGUAGAGUGAUUGGUGAAGCAUCUUCUAUUUUGUGUCUUUUGCCUACACCAAUAUACAACUUUCAAGCACUUUAAUGGUUUGCUCUACUAAGAAGGGGUCCUGACAGAUUUUGUUUAUCAACCCUCAGAUAUGUUUUAACCUGUCCACCAUCCAAAUACAUAAUGGUUGAGUAGAUCAAUAAUUAUUCACUUUUUAAUAAUUGACAAUAAGAGACAUUACAGUUCAUUGGUAUCCUACUCUGGAAUCAGAUAUGAUUUACAUGGAAACCUUUGCCAGCCAUGCCACAUCAUGCCUCCUCUUUUUGAAGCAUGCCUGUGUGAAUGCCUUCCAAUGUGUUUGCGUGUCUGUCUCUCAAAUAUGUAUAUAACACCUCAUAUGAAGUUAUGUGCAGAAGACAUGCACAGGAUUUUCAAAUGUCAUUUUUUUCAGCACUUGUAAUUAAAGGCUACCUUUAUUAGUAAAAAAAAA